GAGAAUCUUCUUCCUGUGACUCAAUCGACGCCUUCUUGGACUGGAUCGAGAUGUAGAGAAUAAAACCAGCUCAGAUGUUUCUUUAUGUUCCUGUGCAUUAUUACAUUCAAUUAAUUUAACUCUUUAAAGUAAAGACCCGAAUAUCAUUUGUGUUGACUUUGAAGCAAAAACAAUGGUUUCUUGUUUACUAGUGCACCUCUAUUUCAGUAUAAACCUAACAAGGAACUGCUAUCAGUCAAUACAUAAAAACUGACCUAUAUGUAUUUAUUGGAUUAUUUAUUUAACUUAUUUAUCUUUGAUAAUUUUUCUGUAUUUGAAUAUCUGGACACAUGAUGUACUCAACUGUCUGUUAUAAAGGGUGUCUCCUGGGUGAGUUUUUCAGGUUUGUUACCAAUGUGCCCAUGGUUCAAACUGCCUGAUAAGUUUGGAAUACUUGGUAAAUUUUGAACUUGUCUUCUGUUAUUCUCGACUCCAACUUGCUGUGAUAAGCUGUUACACAAACAUAUUGCUUUUUACACAAAUGUUAUGCAGCAUAUGUUCUGACCCCAUACUACAGCACCAGUCAAGCAUAUUCAGCUGAAAGUUUUGCUAAAUGUUUACAAAAAUAAAAUGGAAAUGAAAAGUCCAAUAAAAUUAA